AUGGCGUCCAAGUGUGUUCACAAAGGGUGCGGUAAAGAAUUCACCGAUCCGGAGGAGGAUUGCUUGUACCAUCCUGGUCCUCCCGUUUUCCACGAAGGUCAAAAGGGUUGGAAAUGUUGCAAACCCCGCGUUCUGACAUUUGAGGAAUUCCUGACCAUCCCACCAUGCACCACCGGCAAGCACUCAACGGUGGACGACACACCCGCCGAGCCAGAGAAGGAGUCGAAUGCUUCAGCCAUCCUUGAGCAGCAAGCCGCUGCGCCCGCUCCCCCGCGGCCUGCGGUCUCGCCCGCCAUUGCCCCUCCCUCGAACGCCGCUACGCCCGUUGUCGAAGACACAGAGGACGAUGACCCCUCGCUGGAGAUCCCGGCCAAUGCCACCUGCCGUCGGCGAGGAUGUAACAAAGGCUACGAUCCGUCUAUUUCGCGCGACGAAGAGAAGUGCGUCUAUCACCCUGGCCAGCCAAUCUUCCAUGAGGGCAGCAAGGGCUGGUCAUGCUGCAAGAGGCGGGUGCUGGAGUUUGACGAGUUCAUGAAGAUCCAGGGGUGCAAGGAGAAGACGAGACAUCUCUUUGUUGGGAAAGGGAAGCCCGCUGGCGAGGAAAAGGUCGAGACGGUCAGGAAUGACUUCUACCAGACCCCGUCGACGGUCACUGUCUCACUAUAUCUCAAGAAGAUUGACAAGGACAACGCCAAAGUCACCUUCUCCUCCACAUCGGUCGAGUUCGAUCUGCCUACGACGGACAACAAGCGGUAUAAGGAUACGUACCCUCUGUUUGCGCCGAUUGUCCCAGAACAGUCUUCUUUCAAGGUCUUGGGAACAAAGCUGGAGCUCAAGCUGGUCAAGGUUGAUGGGACAAGCUGGCCAGUGCUACGGAGCGACGACAAAUGGACGGGAGAAAGAAUUCAGAUUGGACAGGCCGGCAGAGCUUGA